AUGGUGGGAACCAAUGAAGUCGAUUUUCACCACUUAAAAACACAUGGGAGCAGAUACCUGGGAACGAUUGGCGUUCGUGUCCUUGAACUUUUGGAGUCUGCACUGAAGCUCUCACCUCCAACUAGCCCAGAAAGCAAAGCCGCACACUUUGUUCAUAACUUAAUGAAGUUCUCAUCCAUAGAGGAAUCGGGACUAGAACCAGAAGAUUUUGUGUGGCAAUUUUGGGAUUACCUCAUCAACAUAGCGAGCCAAGUUCCACCUUGCAGUCCUGAGCAAGAUGUCCUCGUUGAGACUGUGAUCUUAUUAGAAGUUAUCGGAGAGGGAGAUAAGCCUAAAAACCAAUUAUGGAAGGACCUCGGUGACUUCGAUAUUGCGGUGAGGGAAACCUGGAAUCUUUCCCCAACGGUUCAGAAUAAAAAGGACUCCUACGAGCUCACUGAAUCAGAAUGGCUGAAUCUAAACUCGUUUAUGGCGAGAAUUCAUGAUAACCAGACGGGAUGGGGAAAAUUUCCGAUCUGGGAACUUCAUGAUGGCCUAGAGUCCCCUCUAUCUCCCCAGGAAUACAAGCCGACGCCAGAUACUAGAGUCCGAGUUGCGAUUGAGUGGAUUUUGCGGAGUUCCUGCCGCCUCCUCCUUGACUCUCUGUUGCAUAGCUAUUCGGAUUAUCCCGAAGGUCCGGACAAAGGUUAUCCAUACCGUUGUGGGCCAUUAUAUUCUGGUGUGAGUGGCUGCAGUCUUGAGCGAUGGUGUUUCUGGAAACGUCGACUUUCAGAAAUCAAAGCCGAGGUCAGCGAGGACCUACAUUCGGCCAUUGACGAGGCGAUAGAAACUAUGAUACGAACUGAGAAAGACCUAGGAGAAAGGGCUAAACUUUCCAUUACCCAAACCAUAUCUCGAGCCGAGUCAAAAGCCGAGAUAGAAGCCAAGACUAGUUCCACACCCGCCAGUGACGAGCCUAAGGAGAACACCAUGGACAAGGGUGGCUUACCAAACAAUGAUACUGUGGUUGAUGAGGGCUACGUGGAAGAGGAUGGUGAUGAGAAAUGCAAUGGGCGUAUAGAAUAA